UCCGAAAAUCUGGAGCGUUUGUAUUCAAAUUUAAAACAUUGUUUAUUUGCUUUGUUUAUAUUGACAUGUUAUAGAAAUAGAAUAUAUUGAUGGAAAUAAGACUAUUUUAACAGAAAAUCACAAUGGAUAAAGUGAUUCGCUCUUUGAUAAUCAAAGGUAUCCGUCUAAAUGUGACCAAUAAUAAAGCUGUAAAGUAUGGCUGUAAAAAGUUUCAUACUUCAUCAACACAUGCUGUUGAACUUACGAGCGUGCGUUAUCCGAAAUUGAAACGGGGAAAUUAUUCUAGAGUCACUGACUCAGAUAUAGCAUUGUUUGAAAGGAUUUUACCAGGUGCUGAAAGAGUAAUAACUGAUCCCUCAGAACUUGACGGAUACAACACAGAUUGGAUAAAGAACUGCAGAGGCGCUAGUCAACUUUUACUGAAACCAAAGACCACAGAAGAUGUCUCUGCAAUAUUGAAAAUAUGUAAUGAAAGAAAUUUAGCUGUUGUUCCACAGGGUGGUAAUACAGGUCUGGUUGGUGGUAGUGUCCCAGUAUUUGAUGAAGUUAUUAUAUCUACACUACAGAUGAAUGAAAUCAUAAGUUUAGAUGAACUAUCAGGUACAUUAACAUGCCAAGCAGGAUGUAUUCUAGGCAACUUGGAUAAUUAUGUCUCUGAGUAUAACCUUACAAUGCCACUUGAUCUAGGUGCCAAAGGCAGCUGUCAUAUAGGUGGUAACCUAGCAACCAAUGCUGGUGGGUUACGGUUGCUAAGAUACGGAUCUUUACAUGGGAGUGUACUAGGUUUAGAGGCAGUAUUGCCUGAUGGUGAAAUAGUAGACUGUAUGUCAUCACUUAGAAAGGACAAUACAGGAUAUGAUGUCAAACAGCUAUUUAUAGGGUCAGAGGGAACUCUGGGUAUUAUUACCAAGGCAGCCAUUUUGUGUCCACAAAGACCUCAGGCAGUCAAUGUAGCAUUUCUAGGUGUAGACAGUUUUAGCAGUGUGUUGGAAGUGUUUAAAGAGACAAAGAAGAAUUUAGCGGAGAUUUUAUCAGCAUUUGAGUUUUUAGAUACAGAAACACUACGUGUUGGUACUGACAACUUGAAAAUGUCCAGUCCCAUAUCAAAUCAUCCUUUCUAUGUUCUAAUAGAAACCUCAGGUUCAAACAGUGCUCAUGAUGAAGAAAAGCUUACACAGUUUCUCGAGUAUAUGAUGACAUCUGGUAAAGUUCUAGACGGGACUGUCGCAGCAGAAACCUCAAAAAUACAGCAUAUAUGGAAUUUACGAGAACGUGUGGCCGAAGGACUGAUGCAUGAUGGGUACUGCUACAAAUAUGAUGUGUCGUUACCAUUACUACACUUCUAUGAUCUAGUUGAAGAUAUGAGGGAAAGACUAGGAGAUAAAGUGACUAGAGUGGUUGGGUAUGGUCAUGUAGGGGAUGGAAACUUACAUUUCAAUGUGACAACUCCCGAGUAUGAUUCUGAAGUGAUGGGGUUGAUUGAACCAUACAUAUAUGACUGGGUGGCUAAAUACAAGGGCAGUAUAAGUGCUGAGCAUGGUUUAGGGUUCAAGAAAAGACAAUUUAUCUAUCACAGCAAGUCAAGGUCAGCUGUCAAGGUCAUGAAGAAUAUAAAACAAAUUCUUGACCCCAAAGGAAUAAUGAACCCUUACAAGACCUUACCAGAUGAUUAGUUAGUUGUGAAUUAUAAAAGAUAAAUAUAAUAUAAAUUGCAAUAUGUGCUUGUUUAUGCUUAUUUAAAUAUCAUAUGAUCUAGCAGUACUGUACAUGAAUCAGAAGAUACUGUACAUGAUUUAGGAGAUACUGUACAUGAUUUAGUAGAUACUGUACAUGAAUCAGUAGAUAUUGUAUAUGAUUUAAUAGAUAAUGCACAUGGUUCAGUAGUUACUGUACACGUGUACAUAUUUAGUGAAUACUUUAUAUGAUUUAAUAUAUGCUGUAUAUGGUUCAGUAGAUACUGUACAUGAUUCAUUGGACACUAUACAUGAUUUGGUGGAUACUUUAUAUGAUUUAAUACAUACUGUACAUGAUUCAGUAAAUAUUGUACAUGAUUUGGUGGAUAAUGUAUAUUAUUUAUAUUAGUGUUUUUUAUAUACCUGACAAAAUGAUAAAACUUGCAUUUUGAGAAAAAGUGGGGUUGUUUUUAUUUUUCAUUUCAUGCUUAAGAUGACAGACAUAUGAUGCUUUCUAGUCAUUUGAACUAUUUUAUGCUUAUUUUUUGUUAAAUGAGCUGCGCCAUGACAAAACCAACGUACUGCGUUUGCGACCAGCAUGGAUCCAGACCAGCCUGCGCAUCCGCACAGUCUGAACAGGAUCCAUUCCAUUCGCUUACAAACUCUAUAACAAGUAGAGAAACUGAUAGCAAACAGCAUGGAUCCUGAUCAGACUGCGAAGGGGCGCAGGCUGGUUUGGAUCCAUGCUUGUUGCAAACCCAUUAUGUUGGUUUUGUCAAGGCGCGGCACAAAUUACAAACAAACAUACAUGAGAUGUUGUAAAACUGAAGACUUAGCAUACUUUUUAUAAAGAGAAUCCAUUUUGUUCAUGUGAUUGUUAAAACAGGGUAGUACUGUUCAGUAUUAGUUGUGACAUCAUGUUUUUAUUUGUAAACAGUUUCAUAAGACAGCAUUAGGAAUUUAACCAGAUAUUUUUCUUAUUUUUCAGUGUUAAACUUUAAUGAACUUUUUAUUUGAAUACAAAAUCAAUAGAAAAGGUUUUAUGUACAGGUCAAGGUGAAAUUUGAUAUUAAUUCAUCUUUUUUAUAAAUGCUAAUAUAUAGAUUUUUUUUGAGAAAUUGUCAUUGAUGAAUAUUUGUCAGACCAAAAAAUCUUUUUAACAUCGAGACUUUUUAUCACAAGAAUUGAAAUGUUACUUUUUUGUUUUGAUUUCUGUUAGAAAAUGUUGGUUCAGUAUUUUCCAAAAAAAAAUUUUUUCAUAAAAAAACUAACUGUUUACUGUUUAACAUGUAAAAUGACGUUUAAAAAUUCUGUGCCAUUUUCGUUUGUAAAAUGUAAUUACUUGUAUAUGUUCUAGGAAUAAAUUGUGUCAAUUUAUUUAUAGUUCUCUACUAAUCAUGAUUGCCUGUGAUAAAUUUUGAUUGAUAAUAACCAUUUAAUGAAUUUAAAUCAAAAAAGGUAUAUUGUUGUUUGAAAAUGAUUUAGAUUUUAUAAUAUUGUAUGUUAGAUAUGUUGAUUAAAUUUAAUGGGGGUGUUUAAAUUAUCCUUAUGCAGGGCUGAUUAAAAUAUUUUAUUGAUUUUAAUUAGCUCGACUGUUUAAAGAAUAGAGAGAGCUAUUGUACUCACCCCAGCGACCGCAUUGACAUCACACCUUGGUAAACUUUGUGUAUGCAAGUUGGUAACCUAAAAAACUACUGAGGGGGGUAGGUUUAAGCGUCAAAUACUUAAUGGUUAUGGUAUUUUUAUUUAGCAUCUAAUAAAGUUCAAGUUUUCAGAUUGCUCAUAUCUGGUAAAUAACUUAAAUUUAUUAUUAUAUUUUGUCACAGCUCAAAUAUGUGGUUUUAGUAAUACGUUUUUUUACAGAAAAUGUCAUGGUUUUGGUGUAUUAAUCAGUUUUUUGCAGAAAUAGGGGUUUAUUGUUCUCUUACAUAUGAUGUUAUUGUUAUAACAUUGAACUUAACAAUAAACACCUGGUGUGUCGGAAGA